AUUAAAUCCUAUGGGGUCCCAUUGAGUUCUAUGGGGUCCUAUUAGAUCCUAUGGGGUCCCAUUGGAUCCUAUGGGGCUCCUAAUGUAUGCAAAUUUAUGCAAAUCUCUAGGACCCCAUUGGCCGCCAUGUUGUCCCGCUUCCUUUUAUCCCUCUCAAGGUCCAUCCAUACAAAGGAGAAGGGGAAACCCUUAAUGUUGAACCCACGGACCAAUAAGGGGAUGGCCUUUACCCUAUUGGAGAGGCAGAUGUUGGGGCUCCAGGGGCUCCUGCCCCCCAAGAUCGAGACCCAGGACAUCCAGGCCUUGAGGUUCCAUAAGAAUAUAGGGCGGAUCAGCGACCCACUGCAGAAGUACAUCUAUUUAAUGGGGAUCCAGGAGCGGAACGAGAAGCUCUUCUAUAGGGUUUUACAGGACGACAUCGAGAGGUUGAUGCCCAUCGUCUACACCCCGACUGUAGGGUUGGCCUGUACCCAAUAUGGCCACAUCUUCCGCAGGCCUAAGGGCCUGUUCAUUUCCAUCUCGGAUCGGGGUCACAUCAGAUCCAUCGUGGACAACUGGCCCGAGAACGACGUCAAGGCCGUGGUGGUGACGGACGGCGAGCGGAUCCUGGGUUUGGGGGAUUUGGGGGUUUAUGGGAUGGGGAUCCCUGUAGGGAAACUGUGCCUCUAUACGGCCUGCGCCGGGAUCCAGCCCCAUAAGUGCCUGCCUGUGUGUAUUGAUGUGGGGACGGAUAACACGACCCUAUUAAAGGACCCCUUCUAUAUGGGGUUGUACCAGCGUCGGGAUCGAACGGCGGCCUACGACGAACUGAUCGACGAGUUCAUGGAGGCCAUCACCGACAGGUACGGCCAGAACACCCUGAUCCAAUUCGAGGACUUUGGGAACCACAACGCCUUCCGCUUCCUAAGGAAAUAUAGGGAGAGAUACUGCAUCUUCAAUGACGACAUCCAAGGUACGGCGGCCGUGGCCUUGGCCGGUCUCUUGGCGGCCCAGAAGACGACGGGGAAACCCAUCACGGACCAUAGAGUUCUCUUCUUAGGGGCAGGAGAGGCCGCUCUAGGCAUCGCCAACCUGAUAGUGAUGGCCAUGGAGGAGAAUGGGAUGACCAUAGAGACGGCCAGGAAGAGGAUCUGGAUGUACGACAAGCACGGCCUAGUCUUCCAGGGUAGAGAGGCCCAAGUGGACAUCAACCAAGAGCCCUUCGCCCACCAGGCCCCGGCCUCCAUCCCCCAGAGCUUCGAAGAGGCCGUCGCCAUGUUGAAGCCGACGGCCAUUAUAGGCGUGGCGGGAGCCGGCCGCCUCUUCAACCAAUCGGUGCUGCGCAAGAUGGCCGCCAUCAACGAGCGACCAAUCAUCUUCGCCCUCAGCAACCCCACAGCCAAGGCCGAGUGUACGGCCCAGGAGGCCUACACUAUAACUGAGGGUCGCUGCCUGUUCGCCAGCGGGAGCCCGUUCGAUCCCGUGACCCUAAAAGACGGUCGGACCUAUAGGGCCGGGCAAGGGAACAACGCCUAUAUCUUCCCAGGGGUGGCACUGGCCGUCAUACUGAGCAGCGUCAGACACAUCAGCGACCGGGUCUUCCUUGAGGCCGCCAAGGCUCUGUCGGAUCAGCUCAGCCAAUCGGAUUUGGAGCAGGGCCGCCUCUAUCCGCCAUUGGCCAACAUCCGCGAGGUCUCCAUCUCCAUCGCCGUCAAGGUAAUGGAGUUCCUAUACGCCCACAAGAUGGCCUUCCAUUACCCCGAACCCAUAGACACCCAUAGGAACCCCAUAAGACCCCAUAGAACCCCAUAGACCCCCAUAG